AGGAAGGAGGGAGGAGGAUCGGUAACAUUUUCCAGAGACUCGUGGAGCAGUGCGGAGUCACAGACCGGAGGAGCCGGAGCGGUCCGAAAGUUUGACCCGAGUCUCUCCUCUGUGCCCCGAGCGAGUUCCGCGUUUCCACCGGGAGAGAGAGAGAGAACCGAGCGAUGCCGCUGCUGUCGCCUAAGUUCCCGUGAGUUAAAAAAAAAAAAAGAAGAAAAGAGGGGACGUUGGGAGAAACCGGUUCUCCCUUGUACCCUGCCGCCGCUUCUGUGUUUGUCAACCGGGAGUUUUCCUGUUUGACAGGAUUGAAGAGUCGAACACUGCUCAGGCUCACCCUCACCGAACCUGCUCAGAUGGACCUUAAAUAACGCCACCAGAAGUUCCACCCUUGUCCCAAACCUCCGCCAGCCCCACAACCUUCCACGUUCAGCCACAAUGGCCGAUCCCACCGGGCUAAGCCCUGAAGGGGCGGGGGCAGGCAUAGCCGAGGUCGACGCCUGUAGCUUGGAGAUAGAGAGGAACUAUGAUGUCAUCCCUGCUGUCAUCUGCUCCAUGUGUUGCCUGUUUGGCAUCAUCUACUGCUUCUUUGGUUACCGCUGUUUCAAGGCUGUCAUGUUCCUGUCGGGCCUGAUGUUUGGCUCUGUCAUCAUUUUCUUGCUGUGCCACAAGGAGCACGUGCUGGACACCCAGCUGAGCGUAGAGGCCAGUGCUGGUAUCGGCCUCGGUAUCGGCCUGCUGUGCGGCCUGGUCACGAUGCUGGUGCGAAGUGUCGGCCUCUUCAUGACUGGCCUGCUACUGGGUCUCCUCCUGGCCCUCGCCGCUCUGCUGGUCACCCACCAGUUCUACACCCCGACCACCGUCUGGGUACCGCUGGGUUCUCUCCUAGGAGCAGGCAUGCUGUUUGCCGUGCUGACGCUGCAGUGGCAAAAGCUUUUCACCAUGCUUUCCACAGCCGUGUUCGGGGCAGCGAUUAUGACAGUGUGUGCUGAUUAUUUUGUGGAGAUGUUGGCACUGGGCACACACGUGUAUGAGUGCCUGCGGCUCACGCCCGGACCACCUCUCUGCUGGUACAGCUGGGUCAUUAUGGGCAUCUGGCCCGCCCUCAGCCUCAUAGGAGUACUGGUCCAGUGGAAACUGACGGAUGACAGCUUCUCACACACUGAGGUUGUAAUCAGUCGGCGACAGAAGAGAGUCCAGCUGAUGCGGAUUCGGGAAAAGGACGCCAAGAAGCGACAGCAGGCAGGUGGGCAGGAAGGCACAUACCGUCGUAAACCCACCCCAGUGAAACGUUACGCUGGGGAUCUACUGGCACCGAGUUACCUGCAAAGUCUUCGAGACAGACAAAUGGGCACAGGCACUUCCCUUAGCAGCCUGGGAACUGCCAACCACACCAUGAUCGACUUGGAGUACGACACCGGCUCCACUGUGCCCCUCACAGCUACAACCCCCGUCGUCAGGGUGUGAGCAGCACAGAGAUAAGAAGGGACUACCUAAUGCACUCCGGUUCCUCAGAAGUGUCUCGCUAAUGUAGAGUAGAACCUAUAAGCUGCUCCACUCCGCUGAGGGUGUUUAUCAAACGGAUCUAGAGCGAGGAUGGAUUUUCUCCUCAUCAGUGUGUCGGUGAAAACAAAGAAUGCUGCUUUUUGUGGAGUAAGAGGAAGUGUCAAGCUCCUGCUUGGUGAACGCUACAACCACUGUGUUUCUCAGAGAAACUUUUAAAAACAGACACUAACAAAGUAAAGCAAGGUCCUCCAUUUUCUUCAAUCGUGUAUUAAAUACAUAACAGCAAGUACGAAUCCUCAACAGCAGGUGUCUAUCUGUUUUGGUAGUGAAUAUGACAAAGCAGUUAAAUUGCCAUUACAUGUACUGUACUUAAAGAGUUAUUGCCAUCAAGUGUUGUGUUAUGACCUGCCUUUCUGUUUAACUCUGUGAUCAUAUGGAUUUAUGAUUUUGUGUACUUUUAUAGAUGAAGUGUGGUGAGUGAGUACUUGUAGAUGACGUGUGGCCACAACUAUGACAAAGUGAAGCAAAAACUAAAUGCAAUCAGAAUGAACUGUCGGUAUUUGAAAGCUCUUUGCACGAGACUUUAGCAGGAACUUUUUCUAGCAGCACUCUAAUAAUUCUGUGACCCUCCUCUGUUUUUGCAGUGUAACUCAAGUCAGGAUACAGUGAAGACCUUAGACUGCCACUUGUGGAGUAAAUGUUUUAUAAUUUAUUUUAUGUUAUGGGCAAGUACCUGUUAGUGUUGACAAAAAGAUAUUGAAUAACAAAGCAUGUUUGUUGUUAAUUUGUAGAUUUUUUAAAUAAUUAUCCACUUUUUCUUUGUUUAAAUUUCUUUUUUAGCAGGGACAAUGCACUUGUGACCUGAAUCUGUACAUAUCUGUUGAUAGAAAUUUCAAAGAGAAAUAAAUGUGUUUGAUAAAAAAGUAAAGA